UGGCUCCUGACAUCAAAAGUUCCGCACGGCGGUUGAUUUUAGCCAAAUGAUGUCGGCUUUGACCAACAACGCACAUCGACUUCUUUUGCUGGGAGUAAGAGCAACUCGGCAACCUUCCUUGACACGGCCUAUUCUAUCUUCGAGAACGUACGCCGCGUCUACGCGGACAUGGACACCAAAAACGUCAACUCCAUCCUCCGGCCCGCCCAAAGUAGCGAGGGCAACUGCUAGUACGAGCGUAGCAGGUGCUGGCAACUCAGGCGUAGCAGAACAUAUACCUAAAUCGUCAGAUGAGAUAGAUGUUUCUGAAGCUAUGAACAUUCCGCUUGAGACCGUGCCUUCUUCUGCAUCGUUGUCUUCACCUUUCCCUGGCGAUUUCACAACAGCCGGCGACAUUGGAUCCACUGAUUGGUCGACGAGUUACCAUGGCCUCUCUACUCAAGCCUUCUCGAAGGAUAUUGCUAACGUUCUGUUGGCCCCUGUGGAUGACAUGGAUAUAGAGAUGAAGCCAGACGGCUUGAUCUACCUUCCAGAAAUUAAGUAUCGUCGCGCCCUCAACAAAGCGUUUGGACCAGGUGGAUGGGGACUCGCCCCUCGUAGUGAGACCAACGUCGGGCCUAAAAUUGUGAGCAGAGAGUAUGCGCUUGUCUGCCUUGGCCGCUUGGUAGCAGUCGCCCGUGGUGAACAAGAAUACUUCGAUCCAUCCAAUAUUCCUACGGCCACUGAAGGCUGCAAGAGUAAUGCCCUCAUGCGAUGCUGCAAAGAUCUCGGCAUAGCGAGCGAGCUUUGGGAUCCGCGUUUUGUUCGCGAGUUCAAGGCUAAGUAUUGCGUAGAAGUGUUUGCAGAACACGUCCCAACGAAAAAGAAGAAGAAGUUGUGGAGGCGUAAGGACCAGCCGAAGUUCGAUUAUCCUUGGAAAGAAUAGACACACUGUAUUAUCACAUUCUUAAUUUUCAGAAUCAUCAUUCAUAUAGGCCUGUGAACUGUUUUAAAGUACUCUUUGUCAACGAGUGGCUAUAAGUAAACUCGCAAUCGUCAUGUAAACUGC